AUGAUUAUUGAAAAAUUUCAAAAAUAUCGCAAGACUGAACCAACAUCAUUAUUUGUAUUAAAAAGUUUCGUUUUAAUAUUACUUUUAAUAUUAUUAUUUGGAUACACUUGGUUAAUAAUUUGGGACAUUUACAAUGAUAAUCCUGUCGUUCAGAAUUCUUUAGAAGAAGCAAAUUAUAUUCCUGUUCCAGAUAUUCUUUCUCAUACAAAUCAAACAACGAAUAUUACUUGCCAUUUUGUAAAUGCUAGUGGUAUUCACGAUUGUAAUCAAUAUAUAACAUAUUACACGGGUAUUAUUAAUGGAAUGCAUACAGGAUAUUUUUCGACGAAUGGUUUAAUGUUUUCCACAAUACCUAAUAAUGGAAUAAGUUCUUUAGAACUUAAGAUUUAUUUGAAUGAUGCUAGUUUUAAUUUAAGUGAUAGUACAUUGGUACCAGAUAUUUUAUUUAGUAUGGAUGAUGCAGAUUUCGAUAAAAAUUAUAACAACGGCUUAUUCGUGUCAGAUCAAUUUCAACUUUCACUAUAUUCAAAGUUUCCUAAUACAAUUUUUCAAUUAAAUCAAUAUAGUCUUGCAGCAUUUAGUUCUUAUACACUUAAAAUAAAAAGAAAAAGAAAAGAGCUUAUGCUGCCAAGCUGGAAAAAUUACAUAGGAUUUUCAUCUAAUCUUGAAAGUAUACCGUAUAUAACAUCGACAUUGGAAACAUUUCCUCUUACAAAGGAAACUGGACCUCUAAUAUUAUUGACGAAAAUAACAAUUGAACCACAAAUCUUUAUUGUUCAAGUUGAAACUGAUAAAAGGUUUAUACUAAGUGUCAUAAAUUCACUUGGUUUAAUCGGAGGUGCAUGUGGAUUUGUUGUAGCAAUUUAUACAACGCUUUUCGGCAAUAUUGCUAUUAAACCAUGGGGAUUGAUUCAAAAAUAUGGCUUUAAAAUAAAUAAAUCAGUACAAACAAAGUUGCAUAAUACUCUAGAAUUUAUUCCAUUUGUUAAUCAUCCAAAAACUACCAAUAAUUUAAGCAACUAUGAAUUAAAAAGAAGACUUGAUUCAUUACAAUUAUUUAUAACAGAAUAUGUCGCUGAUGUGCAAUAUUUGGAAGAGAUUUAUAAAGUCAACAUAAAUAAAGAAGGUAAUUGUACAUAG